UAAAAUCAAUUUUAAACUUUUUAUAAACAGAACAAAGACGACGAGACCCAUUUGUCAGAAACCCAGAUCUCUAUCUCCCGUUCCAAAUCUAAUCCUUACGCUAAGAGCAAGACAUGGCUCGCCGGAAAAAAGGACAUUCGUGGUCACACAGUUUGUUGCCAGAUCAGUCUAACGUGUCACUUAACUGCUAACUUGGCACACAUGCGAGCAAACACGCAGGUUUCAGUUUUUGUUCAAAACGAAUUGCUGAGAAUGAGAGCCUCCAAACGACUCUGAAUUUUGUGGUGUGAUUGAAGGAGCUCGAAAGUGUAUCAGCUCAAGAUGGAAGCAGCACAAAGAGAUGCCCCAAUUCCAGAGAUGAAGCUUCUGUUUGUAGAGAUGGGUGUUGGAUACGAUCUUCACGGGCAGGACAUAACUGCUGCAGCCAUGAGAGCUUGCCGAGAUGCCAUUGCGUCCAAUUCAAUCCCAGCCUUCAGAAAAGGUAGCAUACCUGGUGUCACAUCUGACCACAUGAAACUGCCUGUCAAACUGGGUGUUCCUCUUCCUCUCCAACGACACUUGGAUCAGGACAAAAUCAAGACUGUGUUUCCAUAUGGGAAAAUUGUGAGCUUUGAGGUUGUGAAUGGUGGACUUGUCUGCUCAACUGAAGAAAUGGCCGACCAAAACGAUGAGUGUUACAUAGUGAACGCUGCUGUGUAUGUCGGCUACUAGAUGCUCUACUUGCCUCGAAACUGUGAUCUUAAUGGAAUCUUCUAUGGCAGUCCUGUCUGUUGGUUCUUUGUGAAGCAAUUAUGACAAGUGUUUCUGUACUUAAUUGGGUGAUUUUCCCUCGUUGUUUUUGUAGUUAAUAUAAUUUGUACUUUUGUUAAUUCUGGUCAAA